AUGAAGCCCUGGUAUCUCUACACUUUAGAGGAGGACCAGCACCUCUACGACCAGGAGUUUGACCUGGAAGCUCUGCUCAACCCCACACCGUCAAGGCCUGGGGUCCAGACCCACUCCACCCCACCAUCAGAGCCUGGAGUCCAGACCCACUCCACCCCAGACGAGGGCCCACUCGUCCUCACACCUCCAGAGGAAGCGGCUCCGGUCACGCAGCUCCGGCAGCAGCUGCAGCGAGCGAGAACCCAACUCAGAGAUCAGAAGAGAGUGAUCCGAGAAAAAGACUCUGCUCAGCUCAAACAGGAACUCACAAACACAAAGAGAGUCCUGAGAGAGACGCCACAGAAAGAGCAGGACACUGCAGACACACGAGUUACUCUGCAGAAGAAGGACAAACAACUAGAGGAGCACAUUAAGGCUCUGAAGGAGACACGGCUCCUGUACAACACUGCUGUGACGGACAAAGUCACGCUCAAGCAGGAACUCAUAAACACAAAAAGAGUUCUGAGAGAGACUCAAGAGAAAGUCAGAGAGCAGGACAUUAUGAUCGCUGAGAUGAGAGAGGUCUCUGUGCCAGUGUCCUACAGCAAGAGCAGAGGGUCUACACUGGACAAAGAAACUUCUUGGACCAGCGCACAGAAGAGAACGACAGAAAGACCAUGUGCUGAAACUGCUCCAGGUGAGACCAUGAAGCUGAACCAGGGACUGUCCAGGAAAGACCAGGAGCUGGAAUAUCAAGCCCAAGUCACACAGUCUUUGGAAUCAAAGCUGAAGAUACAAGAAGGACUGAUCGACGAGAAGGACAGUGAGCUGAAAACAGUCAAAGUGACUCUGCAGAAGAAGGAGAAAGAACUAGAGGAGCACAUUAAGGCUCUGAAGGAGAUACGGCUCCUGUACAACACUGCUGUGAUGGACAAAGUCACGCUCAAGCAGGAACUCUCCAACUCCAAAAGACUCUCCAGAACAACUGCUCUGGAUGUCCCCAAACAAAACCAGCUGUCCCAGACUGAGAAGCAGCUCUACUCUGAGCUCCAGUCCAUCCAGAGGGAGGUGAACUGUCUCAACUCCAAGAAUAAGGAUUUGGAGUUUUCAGUCAAACAACAUGAGGACCAACGGUCACAGCAGAAAAGACUCUCCAUCACAGACAAGAACAAGUGGGCGUCCAGGCGUCACUACUAA